CUCAUCUCUUGCACACGCCUAACUAAGCGAGUCGAACAACGCGAUAACCCCUCGGCAUGAGAGGGUUUGCGGUGCCCAUAAAUGCCAGCGAACAUCCCCAGUCAUGCUUUCCCCAGCUGUUGAUCCGCAUUUCCCGUCCCAAGGGACUGCAAGGCAUACCCAGAGCUCCAUCUGAUCAUCCCCACUGCCACAUCCUGCUUUCUGUGUAACAAAAGCUGUCCUUUCUACUGCUGCAUCCGUCUUUCACACGUAAUCUGGCAUCAAGAUGGGCAAAGAGGAUAUCGAGUUCAAAACCUCGGACCGAGUCACCUUGAGAGGAUGGUUCUACACCAGCGAUCUCGCCUCCUCAGGGAAAGCACCGUGCCUGGUCAUGUCACAUGGCUUCUCAGCUCUCAAGGAAAUGGAUCUCAACACCUUUGCCGAACACUUCAUCGCACAAAUCCCCAUCCAUUGUCUGGUCUACGACAAUCGUGCAUUCGGUGACAGUGAUGCUGCCGAAGGUGAACCCAGACACGAAAUUGUCCCAAUGACCCAAUGCAGCGACAUGUCGGAUGCCAUUACCUAUGCAACCACAAGACCAGAGGUCAAUCCCGAUAAGAUAGGUAUCUGGGGCUCAUCUUACAGCGGUGGUCAUGUAUUGUACGUUGGUGCUGCGGACCGAAGGGUCAAAGCCGUUCUCAGCCAGGUUCCAUGUGUGAGUGGAUGGGACAAUUUCAAGCGCCUUGUUCGUGGAGACUUCGAGGUUGGCUUCAACGCGGCCUUUGCGGCAGACAGGCAGGCCCGACUAGAAGGCAAAGAACCAGGCAUGGUACCUGUGGUGGAUGCAGACCCAUUGAAACCAUCCGCGCUUCCAACGCCAGAUAGCUAUGAAUUCUUCUCGGCUUGGGAAAAGAAGUCGAAUUGGAAGAACAGUGUCACUAUGAGGACAAUUGAGCUCUUCCGAGCCUACGAACCACAACAGCUUAUCGAGAAAAUCUCGCCCACACCCCUGCUCAUGACCAUCGCUAGUCGCGAUGUACUCACGCCAGCUGACUUGGCUUUGGGCGCGUAUGCUCGUGCGAGAGAGCCGAAGCACCUGCAGCUCCUGCCUGGCGGACAUUUUGAGGCAUACUCCGGGCCAUACUUUGAGCGGAAUGCUGGCACCCAGACCGAAUUUUUGAAGAAAUGGUUAGUCGAGAACUGAAAAUGAGUCAAACUUGCCAUCGACAAAGACGAUGGAUAUAUCUUGAGCUUAUAUGCAGAAUGUGAUGAUCUCUUCUGAUUCUGGAUUGGGACAUAGCGACCGCAACAAGAAUGUUCGCGCUCUGAAAUGCACGAAGC